AUGUCUUCGGCCAUGUCAUCAAAAAACCUCUCAGUCUUCUACCCCAGGGUGUUUGUUCUUGAAGGCCUCCCAGGCUUCGAGUGGGCUCAUGUAUGGAUAUCGAUCCCCAUCUUCAUCAUGUACCUGAUGGCACUUCUCGGGAACAGUCUGCUGCUGUUCCUGAUUGCGACAGUAAAACAACUACAGAGCCCCAUGUACUAUUUUCUUUUUACUUUGUUCAUCACUGACGUAACUGUCUCCAGCACCAUUGUCCUGAAAAUGCUGCCCAUCUUCUGGAUGAAUCUCAAGGAGAUCUCCUUCCUCUCCUGCCUCGUUCAAAUGUUCUUUGUUCACUAUUUCAGCGCUUUGGAAUCUGGAAUUCUCCUGGCCAUGGCCUACGACAGAUAUGUGGCAAUCUGCGACCCUCUCCAUUACACAACCACACUGACUGCCACCUUGAUAUUAAAGAUAAUCAUAGUCCUCCUGAUAAGAGGAGUCAUUCUAGUGGCCCCAUGCCCAGUGUUGGCCAGUAGACUGCCGUACUGCCAGACACACCAUAUUGCCCACUGCUAUUGUGACCAUAUGGCGGUGGUGACGUUGGCUUGUACCAAUAUUACUAUCAAUAGUGUCUUUGGGUUAACCGCUGUCUUGUUGGUUACUGUAAUUGAUGUCUCCCUCAUUGCUGUGUCCUACUUCUUCAUAUUGAGGUCAGUAUUAAAGCUCUCCUCUCGGGCUGCCAAACAUAAAGCCUUUAGCACAUGCACAUCCCAUGUCUGCAUCUUCCUCACAUCCUACACCCUGGGGCUUUUCUCCUCCGUGACCUACAGGAUAGGUAACAUUAACCCAAAUAUUCAUAUCAUGAUGUCUGUCUUCUACGUGCUCAUCCCACCAGCCAUAAAUCCCAUCAUUUAUGGUGUGAAGACCAAGGAGAUCAGAAGUGCAGUCUACAAUCUCAUCUCACGAAGUGCAAAAUAG